UGUAGCAGGAAGGAUCUGUUGGAGCGAAAGGGACAAAUGUUGUUGUGGAUCCGGUGCAGACUGUUUUGUGUGAAGCUGCACUACAUCCAGGGAGACACGACCGAAUAAAUCGCGAACCACAUACAUCGUCUGCGCGAUUCCACCGGGAUUUACUCACUACAGCCAGAUCCAUCCUGGAGGCAUCCCUUGAACGGCAUCUCCUAAACCCACAACAAAUACAAGGUGUACACAACGCUCGGUGUCAUCCGUUGAACAGGUUGUCGUGAAUAGAAGAAACAUGUUUAACUUCAUAUUCGACCGAUUCUCUAAGUCUUCUGACAGCAUGUCUACGCCUUCCACCCCGACGACCCCACUGAGUUCACCACCAGUGGAACCAUACGAUAUUCAAAUAAUAACGAAGCCGGACGUGGAAAAAGUCAUUGGUUUUCUACGCAAAUUCUUCUUCCGCGACGAACCGCUGAAUGUUAAUGUGAAACUGUUGGAAGGAGACGACGCCACAUGCUUGGAAUUGGAGGAAUUCUCGGUUAAAUCCAUCAAAGAUGGUCUUUCUCUGAUGGCCGUAUCCGAAUCUGGAAAGGUUGUCGGAGUGUGCUUGAAUGGAGCUAUGCGUAGGAACGAUGUGGAAGAGGACGAAGAGGACUGUCCGAAUGAAAAGUUCGCCAAAAUCCUGAACCUUUUAGAAACCGUGGACAAACAAGCCGAUAUUUUCGGUAAAUUUCCAGACGUGAAUAGCGUGAUGAAUGUUAAAAUCUUAUCAGUCGAUACAACUUGGAGAGGAAGAGGCAUUGCCAAGCAACUCAUGGAUCGGACAAGAGACAUGGCUCGAGAACAAGGCUACGGAAUUAUGAGAGUCGAUUGCACGAGCAACUUCAGCGCCAGAGCGAUCGCUCGUCUUGGUUUCGAGUGCGUCUACACCCUGAAAUAUGCUGAUCACAAGGUCGAUGGUCAAGUGGUCUUCGAGCCAGAACACCCUCACACCGAAGUGGCUGUCUACAUACAGCGAAUCGUGCCAAACAGCAACUUGUAAAUGGAUCUUUUAAGUACUUUGCUAAAUGUAUGCGAUAUAAAAAAAAGAAUUGAUAUAUGGUGUAUGUAUGUAAAUAAUAUUCAUGUCUGAGGCUAUUCCUACUGUAUUAUCAAAUUUGAAUUGAAAUUUAAUGGAAUAGUAUCUGUUUUAAGAUACCAAUUUUAACUUGACAAAACAAAUUAUGUAAUUAUGCUGUCAGCUGUGUGAUAAUAAUGUAUUCUAGAUAUUUGUAAAAUAAACUAUUCCCAAUGAAA